AUGAAGACUGUUCCAAGUCAGGAGAAGAACCACAUGUGCUUGCCUGCGUCUUUUCAGGGUUCCAGCAGAAACUGCAGGAUGGUCAUUGACUGUACUGACAUAAAAGUUGCUACUCCAUGUCAGAUGGAUCUGCAGAAGCAAACCUACUCUGUGUACCGUUCAAUGCAUUUCUUCAAGCUGCUCCUGGGAGUUUCACCUAAUGCGGUGAUAACAUACUGCGGUGAUAACAUACUGCAGUGAUCUGUAUCCAGGAUCUGUGUCAGACAAAGCCAUUGUCCAGAAGUCAGGUUUUUAG